GAGAAGGAGAGAGAGAGAGAGAGAGCUCGACUCGUUUGCAUACACAGGGUCUAGCCCAGAGAGCUCUCUUGUUUUUGCCAUCGCUGUCGCUGCUGCUGUUGCGGAGGCGACGACGACAUCGACAUCGACACAGCUGUGUGUGAACGCGCUUGUUGGUGGGGGGAGAAUUUGCAAAUUUGUUGUAUUGUAUUUAUUACUCAUUCAGCAAUAGAAACAAGACGGCCAGCUGCUGGAUUGAGAGGCAACAGGAGCAAGAAGAAAAGAACAACAACUAGAGGAGGAACCCAACUCGAUGCCCGGCUUCCAUCUCAAUGAAAUGGGCGAAAUGGUUUUGGAUGCCAUCGAUGACAUCGGCGUCGUCGAUGUCUACGAUCUGGCCUCGGACAUUGGCAAGGAAUACGAACGCAUUAUGGAUCGCUAUGGCACCGAUGCCGUCAGCGGCUUGAUGCCCAAAAUCAUUAAUACACUGGAGCUGCUCGAGGCCCUGGCCACGAAAAAUGAACGCGAAAAUACCACCAUCGAGGAGUUGCGCGAAAAGAUCGCCCAGCUCGAAAGCGAAAAGCUGGAGAAGGCCGAAUUCCGGCGGCGCUUCGAAAAGGAAUUGGAACUGAUCGAGGAGCAAUGGCGCAGCGAGACCAAUGAGCUGGUUGACUUGGUCUCGUCGCUGCAGGAUGAGAACAAGCGGCUGGUGAAGCAGACGCAGGAUCUGCAAUCGUCGUCCGCCCAGAGCUCGGGAUUGGGAGCCAGCUUAACGGAGAGCAUCAUUAGCAUGACCAACAACGAGUUGCAUAGCGCAUUGUCCGAUACACAAGUGUUGCAGCGGCUCAAGGAGCAGAUCUACAAGCAACGCGACGAGCUGAAGCAGCGGGAACGUGAACUGCAGGACAAGUACAGCGAACUGGAGCAUGUGAACAUUCAGGCGGAACGCUUGAAGGCAUCGGAGCGAGAUACGCGACGACGGCACAAACUAAUGCAGGCCCAGGUGAAGACGUUGUGCGAGGAGCGCGCCGAUUUUCUUGCCCAAUUACAGGAUCAGUGUCGGGAGAUCAAUCAGUUGCGCAAACGUUUGGGGUUGGCCGAAAAGGAGAAUGAGGAUCUGGUGCAGUCGUACGAUGACAACGAGAACGAUCCAAAUCGACCGCGCUAUACGACGCGAGAGCUUAAGGAAUUGAUUUCGGAACGCGACGAGCUGCUCACCACCAUUGACAGCCUCAACGAACAGUUAGCCGAGCUGAAACCGGCGCCCAGCGGCAAACGUAUGCGUCACGUCUCCAGCUCCGAUGACAGCGAUGAUGAUGACGUCGCCGCACGUGAUGACGAUGACAACGAGGCCGACGAUGGCGUUGAGGCCGAUGUGGACGACGAUGUGGCGGGUGAAACGCCACCUGGACACGAUGCGCCUGUGCAGGGACCGCUGCCCUAUGAGCCAGACGAUGCGCCUUGGAAGAAGAGUUCCGAGUCGGGUAUACGCAAGUUCUUCCGCAAACUCUUCUCGGAUCCGUCGGAUGGCAGCAACACAUUCCCGAAACGUUCCUUGGCCACGCUCUCGAAGAUGGCGCUCUCGGCCACGCCCGGCAGCGGCAGCGGCGGAGGCUGCAACGAGCCGAAUCCCUGUCUCUCCUUUGCUAUGUUUUAUAUGCUCGCUAAGUAUUUACCAUUUUCUUAUAUGAUGUACAUAAUUUACGUAUUCGAUUGCUGUGCUCUCAUUAUAAUCUUAAGUUGUUAUUUCUUUUUAACGCAAUAAUUCAUAUUUCAUAUGUGUUGUGCUGCUCCCCCCGCCUCCUCCUUCACCAUUACUUUUAAAUUAGUUUCUAUAUAUGGUUUUAAUGCUUCAUUUAUUGAUUGAUUAAUUAUGUAUACUAACUAAUCUAUGACCAAAAUGCAAGGAACUAUAUUUGUAGGAAA